GGCUGAGCUGACCUGGCUCGCCCGGUUCCGCGUCCACGUGGUUUAUAUUUUAACGUCGGCUGAGAAUCUCCACUCUUAACGUCAAAUAUAUACACACACACACGUGCGUACGUACUUACACACAGCCACACAUUUAUAGACGACACGGACACAAACUAACGCCGUAAAAGCGGGACACGCCGCAGCCCGUCCUACCGUGAUGGUGAAGAGCAAGAACAGAGGCGGUGGAGCGAGCCAUGCAGAGCUCAUGGUGAUGACCAUCACAGACAUCAUCAAUCAACUACUGGAGGCACACGAACACAAGAAGGAUGUAAACCUAAACAGUCUAAAGACGAAGGCGGCUGCCAAAUAUGGGCUUCCAUCCCAGCCAAAGCUUGUCGACAUCAUCGCCGCAGUGCCGCCGCAGCACAGGAAAGUCCUCGUGCCCAAACUGAAGGCCAAACCCAUCCGCACGGCCAGCGGGAUUGCAGUGGUUGCAGUCAUGUGCAAGCCACACAGGUGUCCCCACAUCAACUUCACGGGAAACAUCUGCGUCUAUUGCCCAGGAGGCCCAGACUCAGACUUUGAAUAUUCAACCCAGUCAUACACAGGCUAUGAGCCGACAUCCAUGAGGGCCAUCAGAGCUCGCUAUGACCCUUACUUGCAGACCCGCCACCGUGUGGACCAGUUAAAGCAGCUGGGCCACAACGUGGAUAAGGUGGAGUUCAUUGUCAUGGGUGGCACAUUCAUGGCCCUGUCGGAGGAGUACAGGGACUACUUCAUCCGCAAUCUUCACGACGCUCUCUCGGGGCACUCAUCCAACAGUGUGGCUGAAGCAGUCAGAUACUCGGAGAGGAGCAAGACCAAGUGCAUCGGCAUCACGAUAGAGACGCGGCCAGACUACUGCCUGAAGAGGCACUUGAGCGACAUGCUCGGCUACGGUUGCACUCGCCUCGAGAUCGGUGUGCAGAGUGUGUACGAGGACGUGGCUCGCGACACCAACAGAGGCCACACAGUGAAGGCGGUGUGCGAAUCCUUCCAUAUGUCCAAGGACGCAGGUUUUAAGGUGGUGUCACAUAUGAUGCCAGACUUGCCCAACGUGGGCAUGGAGAGAGACCUCGAGCAGUUCAUAGUAAGUUUUUUUGAGAACCCAGCAUUUCGGCCAGACGGCCUUAAGCUGUACCCGACGCUGGUGAUCCGUGGCACGGGCCUUUACGAGCUGUGGAAGACGGGCCGCUACAAGAGCUAUACGCCCAGUGGCCUGGUCGACCUGGUGGCUCGCAUCCUCGCCCUGGUGCCACCCUGGACCCGUGUCUACCGUGUGCAAAGGGACAUCCCCAUGCCACUGGUGAGCUCUGGAGUGGAGCAUGGGAACCUGCGUGAGUUGGCCUUGGCACGAAUGAAGGACCUUGGGACAGAGUGCCGCGAUGUCAGAACAAGAGAGGUUGGCAUUCAGGAGAUUCAUCACAAAGUGAAGCCAUAUGAGGUGGAGCUGAUCCGGCGUGACUACGUGGCUAACGGCGGCUGGGAGACGUUCCUGGCGUACGAGGACCCGCGCCAGGACGUGCUCGUGGGGCUGCUGCGUCUUCGUCGCUGCUCGCCCGACAGCUUCCGACCCGAGCUGAAGGGCGGCGUGUCCAUCGUGCGUGAGCUGCACGUCUACGGCAGCGUGGUGCCCGUGAGCGCGCGCGAUCCCACCAAGUUCCAGCACCAGGGAUUUGGGAUGCUGCUCAUGGAAGAGGCAGAGAGAAUAGCAAAGGAUGAGCAUGGUGCAAAUAAAAUAGCUGUCAUUUCAGGAAUUGGUACACGAGACUACUACCGCAAGAUUGGCUACGAGUUGGAAGGGCCUUACAUGGUGAAGAAACUGGACUGAUUUGGGGGAAAAUACCAAGCCAAGCUGAAUAGAUGGAUGCCAACAAUUGUUCCCUUAGGUUGUGUGGUACCAUCACCUGCAAAUGUCAUAAUCUGUGAACGCGUUUGGCUCCGUGCACAUGCAAGCGAGAAGGCAAAAGCUCCCAACUGUUGUUGCCGCUCAUUAUAUCUGAGGUGCUACCUUUACCUAUUUGCUUGCCUGUUUGUUCAGUACCCAUAACCCACGGUUCCAUUCCCUCCCCACCAGCAUUGGAAGCGUAUGACCAAGUCACCCAGAAUGUGCCCAAUCUCUUCAGAUCUUGAGUAGCUAAACAAGGGUUGAACAUGUAUAGUGCUGGGAUUUCUGGCCGCCAAGCACAAUGUGUGGGCAUAGGCUGUGGAGCUACGUGGGGGGCAGCAGAAGGUGGUGCAGCAAGAUUAUUGUCAUACGGCACUACCAGGCUCCCCCGUCUAUUCCCAACCUUGAUAUUAAACAGUGUGUUGCAAUAUGAUCAAAUACACCUGCGACCCGCAUGCCAUCAGGAGGCCCUCAUCCAGCAAUGGAGUGACAAAAAGGCUGUACAUAAAGAUAUGUCACCAGGCAUAUCACGGACCGCUUGUAAUUCAUUCUUUGAGCUGAACUAGACGGUUUUUGGUCCAUGAGUCCAGACCAGAUAUUUCACUUGUCGAUAGCACCUUAGGUGGAAGAACAUUCGUGGUUACAAUUUAACGUGGCCAAUUACAGUGAAUUAUGUGAUAGCUACUUUAAACGUGUGUUUUCAAGUAAUCCAUUCUUCGUAAACUUUUACAUAAAUUGUUACUGCAAAGGUUUUGCUGCCUUAGGUGGUACUAAUUUCUGCUCUAGCCCAUGAACUACAUGAUGUGCAUAUUACUCACCUACAGCUGUUUUCAGGCAGGUGCCGAGUCAUUUGGUGCUUUUUUAAAUGUAUCACUUAAGUUCCACAUUCUCUGUUCACACGUUUGUGUGCAGCAUGUCUGAAAUAGCACCUCAGUGUUUUUGCGCGUUUGACAGGUAUUGUAUUAUAGCAUGAAAAACGUAUUUAUUAAUGGAAAUAUUUUUUUUGCGUUUGUAAACAUGUUCCUUGUACUUAUUGCAGAUUAUUAAGCUUAGCUGUUUCAUGUACCGAGGGUGUACAUUGUAAAAAUGUUUUAAACAAUUUGCUUUAAAUAAUGUUAUCAGAAUAAAAUGCUGAAAAAUA